ACUUAAAAAACAACAAAUAAAUAAAUAAAUAAAUAAAUAAAUAAAUAAAUAGGGACUGUAUUUAAUUUGGUUUUAAAUGAAUCCUUUAACAAAUAUGAAAAAUGUAUUAAAACUCAGUGAACUUGAGUUAAAGGAUACAAAAGGAAAAGGUUCUUGGCAUGAUAUGUAUAAAGAUUCAGCAUGGAUCUUUGUUGGUGGCUUUCCAUAUACGUUGACUGAAGGCGAUAUAGUUUGUGUGUUCUCUCAGUAUGGAGAAAUUGUCAAUAUAAAUUUAGUACGCGACAAGGAUUCUGGAAAGUCAAAAGGAUUCUGUUUUAUUUGUUACGAAGAUCAACGUUCAACAAUUUUAGCGGUGGACAAUCUAAAUGGUAUAAAGGUUUUGGGACGAACUCUUAGAGUGGAUCAUGUUGCCGAUUACAAACCACCUAAAGAAAAUAAUAAAAUGGAUUCCGAAACGUUACAACUUUAUAUGGAAGGAUGUGCACCCAAACCUCAUUUAUUGAAUAACGUAAAAACUUCAAAUGGUGAAAAAUGAAGUUCGAAAUAAUAUAACUUUUUCUAUUUAAGUUAAAUAAAUAUUGUAAUUAAUAUGAUAUACUUUUAUAAUAUACAAAUGUUUUAUAAAAUUUA